UCACCGCUUCGAAGCUUCGGCCGGGAAGAGCGUCGUAUUUCACAACAUAACAUAAAAUUAGUAGUAAUCAACCGCAUCGCGAGGCCCGAUAGUGCAACAAUUCGACGUUAUCGUACAUCAAGAUGGAACAGUGAUUGCAGUGACAGACUCGUGUGAAUAAGUGUGCACUGGAAAGACGCUACAAAUGAGGUUAUCUCUGUAAAUUCUACGAGUUUGAACGCUGGGAAAGCAAAAUGAGUGUCAGUGUGGAAGACAAAUACGCCGGCAGCCACAUUUUUUCCGGCCUGACUCAGUAUACGGGGUUGUCCACGGACCAGCUGAAUUUUAUAAUCAGCCAACUUGUUGCGCUCGGGUUAGCUACCCUUUACCGCACCGCCUUACACCCGUCGAAGACCAGUACAGCGGUGAGGCACGCGUUUGGGCUGGUAUUCGGGCUGAUUAUGGGUUAUUUUUGUUUUGGAUUCCAAGCCAUCCACCUCGCCGGGUUACCUGCGGUAUGUUAUGUUGUGAUGAUAACGCAGAAUCCCCAUCUGAUGCACGGAAUGGUUCUGACUGUGGCCUUGAUAUACCUGUCGUGUCUUCACCUGCACAGGCAAAUUUACGACUACGGUUCCUACGGGUUAGACAUCAGCGGACCUCUGAUGGUUAUUACACAAAAAGUGUCUUCUCUAGCUUUUAGCUUGCACGAUGGUUUGACUAAGAAGGAGGGCGAGAUGACGGAAAGCCAGAAAAUGUAUGCUGUGUACAAGACUCCCAGUUUUUUGGAAUACUUCAGUUACACCCUAGUGUUCCCUUCGCUUAUGGCGGGACCAGUUAUAUUUUACAACGAUUACAUCGAUUUUAUUGAAGGUAAAAGUUACGGGAAUGUAGUGAAUAAAUCGUGCUGUGGCUGCGUUGUGGUAAACGAACCUAGCCCCGUUCGAGCGGUUAUUAAAAAAGUGAUCUUGGGGUUGAUAUGUGCUUUAGUAUUCGUGAAUUUCCUACCAAGAUUUCCGAUAAGUCGCUUGAAGGAUGACCACUUCGUGGAAAACACCAGCGUUAGUUAUAAGUUUUGGUACCUGACUGUUAGUACAACUUUAAUGAGAUUUAAAUACUAUUUCGCGUGGACUAUAGCUGAUGCCAUUUGCAAUAACAGUGGCAUAGGGUAUAACGAUGAUGGUUCCGCGAACUGGAACAAGAUUUCCAAUGUAGAUAUAUUUCAAUUCGAAUUUGCCACAAGUCUGAAGCAAAGCAUAGAGGCGUGGAACAAGGGAACGAACACAUGGUUAAGACUGAUAGUUUACGAGAGAACCAAGAAGUACCCCACUAUAUUAACCUACGGUCUUUCGGCGAUAUGGCACGGUUUUUAUCCUGGGUAUUACAUAACGUUCCUCAGCGCCGCUAUUUUCACUUUCGCCGCAAGAACCGUGAGGAGACACGUUCGCGGAUACUUCAUGGGAAGCAACGAAUCCAAGCUGCUCUACGACAUCCUGACCUUCAUCGUAACCCAUUUCGUGUUAGCUUACGUCACGUUUCCUUUCGUUCUGUUAGAGUUCUGGGCAAGUAUAAGACUGUACAACAAAAUGUUUUGGUGCAUCCACAUCUUCGCCGUGACAGCGUUGAUCUUCGUCCCAAAAUUCGUUCAAAAACCGACCAAAGCCGAAUAUACCCAAAAGAGCAGUAUCGCUCUAGCUCUGAGGAAGGCCCGGCCUUACUCCAAUUCAGUGGGCCACACCGACUGAUUUUUUCGACCACGAGUUCACUUUUACCGUAACUUUGGUUAGGUUUUUUUUUUGAAGGGUAUAUUAAUAUAGAGCCUGUUGUAUACUUGUUUGAUAUUUGCUUGUUGUCCACGUAAUAACAAUUGUUAUUUAUAAUUCCGAAUACCUGUAAUCGUUAAUGUUUACUCACUAAAGUUCUGAUUCUAAACACGUAGAUGUGUAUGUUGAUUAUGAUUUAUUGAAUGAAAAAUUUCCGUUGCAUGCUGCAUACCAAAACGUUUAUGUUAAGUCAAUUACACCAAAUUAUAACGCAGAUGUACGAUUUCAGAAUGGUAUUAUUUGUAGUGACGAUGAUUUGUAAAAUUAUAGGAAUGGCAGUAUUAAUCACAAGAUUUUAUACGAAACAUUGUACCACGGUGCCAAAUUUUUAAUCUGUACAAUUAGAGUAUAAGUAGGCAUGUCAUUGUUGCUUUAGGAUUUGUUUAUAUAUUUGUCUUCCAUUACUCUGCCAAAUAUGCAACAACACAAGGUAUAUAUAGUUUGUUGAAACUGUCAACUAGAUGUAAGUGGUGAAGCAGCUAUUUUGUAUAAAUAUUUAUAUGAUAAUUAAACAUGUUAAAUCCACAAA